UCGCCAUGCGGAAGGGCUCCCGGCGCCCGCGGCCCCCGGGGCCGGUACCGGAGCCGCCGUUACCGGUAACGGGGGGGGGGCUGCGGCGGCCGCUGCUGCCGCUGAUGGCGAUGGCGGCCGCCGGGCUCCUCUACUGCGCAUGGCCGCGGGGGGGGCCGGAGCCAGCGCCGCCCCCCCCGGACCCCGCUGUGCCCCCCCCGGCCUCGGAGCGAUCCCUGCGGCAGCUCCUGGAGCGCUUGGAUCCAUCCCGGCUCCAGCGCCGCUUCCUGAGGCCCUUCCUGCGGGAGCGGGUGCCGGGGGGGCCGGGGAGCCGCGACGUGCGCCAGCACAUCACCGCCUGCCUGGAGGCUCUGGGCUGGCACGUGGAGCUCGACGCCUUCACCGCGCCCACGCCGCGCGGCGCCGUCACCUUCACCAACGUGGUGGCCACGGCGGCUCCCGGUGCCGCGCGGCGCCUGACGCUCGCCUGUCACUACGACACCAAAGUGCUGCCGGUGGCCGGAGCCUUCGUGGGCGCCGUGGACUCGGCCGCGCCGUGUGCCGCGCUCCUGGAGCUGGCGACGGCGCUCGAGGGGCCCCUGCGGCGAGCGCGGCGGGAGGGCGCGGAGCUGACGCUGCAGCUCCUGUUCCUGGAUGGGGAGGAAGCGUUCGAGUCCUGGAGCGCCACAGACUCCCUGUAUGGGGCCCGGCACCUGGCGGCGCGCAUGGCGGCCACGCGGCACCGCAGCGGCACCGGCACCGAGCUCAGCGCCAUGAGCCUGCUGGUGCUGCUGGACCUGUUGGGCGCCCGGGACCCUGCCAUCCACAGCCACUUCCCCAGCACCCACCCCUGGUUCCUGCGCCUCGUCCGCAUCGAGCAGCGGCUGCGGCGCAUGGGGCUGCUCAAUGCUACCCCCCAGGACCCCCCCUUCUUCCGCCUCAGCCCCGCACCAGGGCCCGUGGAGGACGAUCACAUCCCCUUCCUGCAGAGAGGAGUGCCGGUGCUGCACCUGAUCCCGUUGCCGUUCCCCCCGGCCUGGCACACACCGGAGGACACGGAGCGGAACCUUCACCCCCCGACGCUGACGGAUCUCACCCGGAUCCUGCUCAUCUUCAUCGCGGAAUUCCUGCACCUCUGACCCCCCCUCCCCCCCCCCGGAGCCGGAUACACCAAAACUGCACUAAAACUGCACCAAAA